AUGUUUGCCGCGAUUGCCUCCGGGAACCCUCUGCAGCUCUCGACGGAGGUGCCGAAUUCUGGCGGUUUACAGCACACUAUUGUGCUAUCGUCUACGAAGCCAAAGUCAUACUCGCACAUUUCAUUAUUCAUUCUACCAAAUGUGACGUUCCCCAGCGAGUUUGCAGGCACCGUAUAUUUCAAGUUAAGCCCCACGGAGGAGUUUAAACUCUUCGGGUACCUGAGCGCGGAGAAGCCGAGCGCGAUCUUUAAAGUGAAGCUCCCUAAUGCCAACAUGAACAGCGCCGCGGACCCAGGAGAUGGGCUGGGUGAGAUAGACAUGGAGGAUGACACGCCCGGUGGGGGGCUGCCUAGUAGCAACAUCUCAGAGCUUAUCAUUGGCAUUUCAAUUGAGCCCAAGGACCAGGCGAUACUCAAACUGCAGGAAUCCAAGGCCAAACAGACUGCCCUGCAGGGUUCCAGCUCCCUCGUGCUUGCGCGCUCCGGCACCAACAGCAUUGCGACGCCCGGACAACUCGCGAGGGUCUACCCGCUUUUGACGCAGCAGCUCGCUGCCAAGAUUGUGCAGCAUGCGUACAACUACCUGACCGGGUUUCUGGACCCGCAGGGCAACGUUUCGAUCAAGAGGUUCGAUACGUGGUGGGACAAGUUCAAGGCGCGGCUAGAGAAUGACGCCCAGUUCUUGGACGAGGUCACCCAGGACUAA